AUGGUGAAGGAAGAAUCGAACUUGACCGCUUUUCAAGACUACAGCAAAUUUCUGGAAGGAGGCUUGGGGCAAGCCGAGCUUGUGGGUGCGGCUGCAUGGCAGCCGCCGUGGCGGGCACCUCUUCAACGCAAAGCUCCGUUCUAUCCCGGCGAUGACAUCUACCAUGCUGACACUUGGAGGGAUUUAGAGGUGACGGAUGCAGUAGGCGGCGCUCGUUAUAACGCUUCAGUGACCCCGCACGGCACGGUCUGUCUGAGGCUGAGAGACCGCGUGAAAGUGGACAUGACGGUAGACGGCGCCGUUCGUGUAACUAACGCUAAGUACAACAUUGUACUAGCGCUCUCGCAAUCGGGGGCUGCCGCCGCGUUGAUCCACCCCAAUGGGAGAGUGUACAACUAUCGUUCCCGAGUUGAGAUCCAAGCUCACCACCAGCAAGGCAAUAAUAAGUAUGCAAAAAUGUGGUACAAGGGAGUUUCUUUUACGGCGGAGCAGUGUGCCCUUGUGUACCUCGUAGAUGCAGCCGGAACUCGUACCACUACCGACACGUUUCUUGACAUGAGCCAAGACUUCACGCUAAACGUCUUUUACAACGAGUCUGGUCACGGGCCAUCGUACGUGAACAAAGCCAUGUCACUGCUUCAAGCGAUGCAGUACUGGCUUACCGAUGAUGGCAUCGACAACUGGAUCAUCAACAACGUGCGCGUCAGCCAGACCGCUGACGGUCUUGUGCGGUGA